CUGCCUAUCGAACGAACGAACGGCAUUUGCCUGCUUUUCCCCCUGCUUUUUGCCCAACCGCGAAGUUGUGCCGAGUGGUCUUUGCCAGCAAUAUUCACAAAUUAUUAAGUCCCACUCUUCAAAUAAAUGUACAACAUACUGACUGAAGUAGAAGAAUAAUUCAAUUAAAGAUUGUUCACCGAGUUACGAUGGUGGAGGUGCGAUACACCAGAAAUUUAUUCCUACGUGGAGUUUGUAUUAUUUAUCUCUUCGCAUUUCUCAGUUUUUACGUGCAGAUUCCCGGGUUGUUCGGAGAUAAUGGAGUACUACCAGCUCGAACGCAGGUGGACCUCAAGGGAAGAGGUUCUCUCUGGCAUAAACUGAAUCAUAAACCUACAGUUUUGUGGUUUGCGAGUUACCUUGGACUGAAUGUCGAAUACAUGAUGGAUUUGGUAGCCAUCACUGGAGCUGUGAUCUCAUUUUUGGGUUUCAUCUCCCAAAAACUCUGCAUUGCUCCAGUGUUCAUGCUCCUCUGGACUCUCUACUACUCUCUAUUCCAGGUUGGACAAGUUUUCGUCCAAAAUAACUGGGACACUUUGUUGCUAGAGGCCGGCUUCCUCUGCGUGCUGAUUGCACCUUUUUACGUCUCAGUUAGGGGAAGCACUAGCACGCCAAGUGAUUCCGUUACAUUCUGGACGAUCCGCUGGAUGCUUUUCAGAUACAUGUUCUCAUGCAGUGCUAUGAAAUUAGCGUCCAGGUGUCCUGUCUGGUGGAAUCUUGAUGCCCUUUCCCAUCAUUUUGAGACGCAAUGCCUACCUGCUCCACUCGGCUGGUACGCCCACCAUCUUCCAUCAUGGUUUCUACGUUUGAACACCCUUCUAGCUGUUGUCUUCGAAUUGGUCAUUCCACUUCUUUUCUUCUUCCCUAAUAGGAGAGUCAGGAUAACUGCUUAUUAUAUUCAGAUGUUUUUGCAAAUUCACAUCAUCACGACUGGAAACUGGAAUUUCCGAGACUUCUUGGUGAUCUGUGGCCUCAUCGCUCUCCUCGACGAUCAAUUCUUCUACAAGAAAAAGUCAAAAAAAGGUGCCUCGGCAAUCACUCAGAUACUCUCAACCCUCGUUUGCAUCACUGUCUACUCAGCAGUCAUCUAUGGCACCAUUCAAAUAUUCAACGUCAAAUUCGCUGAUAACUGGACAAUUACCUCUGAAAUUGGUUUCACCUAUGAACAGUUCGACCAAUUUCUUGCGCGAGGACUCCCCCUGGCCAUAUACAUCGGCUUGGCCUCCCUUGGCUUCACCGUAGCCGACGCCAUCACUCACUCGAUUCUAUCAAACAAACCCACCACUACAAGACUCUUCACCUUCCUCACCACUACCCUUUACACCAUUGCCGUCUGUUUCCUCUUCGCCAUGAGUGCAGUCUCCUUCUCCAGCCUUCAUCCAUCCCAGAAUGCGACAGUUCCAAUCCAACUCUGUUCCCUCCACUCGAAAAUCAACAGUCUUCACAUCGUCAACGGUCCCAAGGACUUCGCCCUCUUCCCCAAGAUGACUGGAGUCAACGGACGUCCUGAAAUCAUCAUUGAGGGUAGCAAUAGCAUCGAGGGACCCUGGAAGGAGUACGAGUUCCUGUACAAACCUGGAAAUGUCAAUAAUUCGCUUCCCUUCGUGGCUCCACAUACCCCCAGACUCGACUGGCAAAUGUGGUGGGCAGCUCAGGGCACCUAUCACCAGAACCCCUGGCUCAUGUCCCUGACUUAUCGUCUCUUGACAGGGCAAAAAGAGGUGACAUCACUCUUGAAUAACGUGGAGAAACCCUUCGGCAAUAGCCCUCCCAAAUAUAUCAAAGCGACUCUCUAUCAUUAUCAUUUCGCCCCCUGGAGGAAAUCACUGAAUAAACAGAGCUGGUGGACCAGGGAAAAGGUCGGCGAGUAUUUCCCAAUCUUCAGUCGUGAUCAUCCACCUCUACUCGAGUAUCUAAGCAAAAUGAAGAUUCUAAAGGACGAGAAAGUGGUGGCAGUUACUAAUGAGGUCUUGAAGAGUCUCCUAGGGGCGAUUAGGGCAGUUGUAAAUAAGAUCGAGGCGAGUUUGUUGCUGUGGAGUGUAUUCACUGCUGGGUGUGCAAUUAUCAUGACGGGAAAUAGUUCCGGGAGGAAGUAGAGGGAAUGAUUGAUUGAGUGAUUAACGAGGAAAUUGUUGGGUUUAGAAAAUUUUGAGAGACGUUUUUUGAAGAUUUCGUUUUCGGUAUUAAUGAACCAGAUAAUUGCAUUAUUCAUUGAAGAGAUGAAAAGAGUCUCAUUCAUUUUUUUCUACAGAUUCUAUGAACUUUGAAGAAAUCUUUGAGGUUUGGGAUGAGAUAAUUACUUAACGAGAUGCUACAGUUAUCACAUCCAUUAAUAAUCUUAGAAAAGUAUAUUAAAAAAAAGGUCUCUGAUAUUUUCUCUUGAAACUGUUAAUUAACGAGAUAAUUGCGUCAGGACCAUUGAUCUAUAUCAAACCUUAUUAAUUAUGAAAAUCAUCUUGGCAGUGAAUGAUGUCUUUCAAUAUUUUCUCUCAACAAUCGUUCGAUAUUUCAACUCAUCAUUUUCCUUAUUGAGUUGUAUUAUAACUGCAUUUCUGUUUAGUUUUCGAAAACUCGAAGAACAUGAGUCUCUCUAUUAAUUAGUACCGAAAUAAAUUGUUUAUCAAUAAUUAUUGAUUACACUUACUGAUAAAUGUUGGACACAACACAGUUCUGGAAAUAAGAAGUAAAGGAAAAGGAAACGAUUAAUUGUUUCAUUAUCGAGGAAAUUAUUAAUUUCAGAAAAUGUCGAGAGCGGUCUUCUUUGAGAUUUUGUAAAGUUUGAAAUAACCUUUUGAGGUUUUGAAAUGGAAUGAUUACUUGAGAAGAUGAUAGAAUCAUCUGAUUAAUUAGUGAUUUUAGUAAAAAAAAAUGGCACACAGAACAUUCUGCGGUAUUUUAUCUUGCUAAUCGAAGGAUAACAAGAGAAUUGUAUGAAGACGAUUGCUAUACUUAAAUGAUCUUAAUUAAUUAUAAAAUUGUCUUAACGAUGAGUGAUGUCUUUCAAGGAAAGUUUCUCUCAAUAACAAUGACAUAUUCCAACUUAUUUCAUCUCUUCCUCAUUUGGUUGCAUUAUGAUUGCAUUUUCGUGUGGUUUUGAUAAAUUUGGAAAUGAGUUCUUCUAUUAGUGAGUACUGAAAUCAAUGGUUUAUCAAUAAUUAUUGAUUAGACUUGCUGAUAAAUGUUAGAAAGUAGUUAAUUCUUCUCAGUGGCCUACGAAUUUCGUGGAGAAAUAAUGAAAUCACCUAGAACUUUGUACUGCAAUGACCCCUAGACUUUCCUACCUUUGUCUCUUUUUAUUGCAUUUCUAACGUCUUCUUGAUUAAUCCAAUCACGUCUAAAUGGCAUUAAUCAAUUAUGUUUUUGAGUCAUCUUUUCGAGAUAAUGUACAGUUCUAUCCGUAUGAAGUGUUUAUAUCCUAAAACCUAAUUAAGUGCGUAAUUGAUGUGGUAUUCUUUCUGUAUAAACACAUGAUAAUGGUUGUACUUUAAUAACAAUUUAUUAGAAAAUCUGUGUAAUAAAAAUAUCACACUUUUGUAACAUCAAUCAAUGAAAAUAUUAAAUUAAAUAUUAAAUCGGUGGUUUGUCAAAACUUGGAUAUUAUUACUGAAUAAAAAACAUUAUUGUUUAA